UUUCUCGGGCGGCGGCGGCGGGGAAGCUGCCGGCGCGGGCACCAUGAACCCGCUGUAACGCGCAGGCUGCGCAGCGCGGAGGGCGGGGGGAGGGGGAGGCAGCGGUGAAGCUUUCCACCAUGAACCUGAGGGGCCUCUUCCAGGACUUCAACCCGAGUAAAUUCCUCAUCUAUGCCUGUUUGCUGCUGUUCUCUGUGCUACUGGCCCUUCGUCUGGAUGGCAUCAUUCAGUGGAGUUACUGGGCUGUUUUUGCUCCAAUAUGGCUGUGGAAGUUAAUGGUCAUUGUCGGAGCCUCGGUUGGAACUGGAGUCUGGGCACGAAAUCCCCAGUAUCGAGCAGAAGGAGAAACGUGUGUGGAGUUUAAAGCCAUGUUAAUCGCAGUGGGCAUCCACUUGCUCCUGUUGAUGUUCGAAGUCUUGGUCUGUGACAGGAUCGAGAGAGGAAGCCACUUCUGGCUGCUGGUCUUCAUGCCGCUCUUCUUUGUCUCCCCGGUUUCGGUUGCAGCUUGUGUUUGGGGCUUUCGACAUGACAGGUCACUGGAGUUAGAAAUCCUGUGUUCUGUCAACAUUCUUCAGUUUAUAUUCAUUGCCUUAAGACUGGACAGGAUCAUCCACUGGCCCUGGCUUGUUGUGUGUGUCCCCUUAUGGAUUCUCAUGUCCUUUCUGUGCUUGGUGGUCCUCUAUUACAUUGUGUGGUCUGUCCUGUUCCUGCGCUCCAUGGACGUGAUUGCAGAGCAGCGAAGGACACACAUAACCAUGGCACUGAGCUGGAUGACCAUUGUUGUGCCUCUGCUUACUUUUGAGAUACUGCUGGUUCACAAACUGGAUGGCCACAACGCGUUCUCUUGUAUCCCAAUAUUUGUCCCCCUUUGGCUUUCCUUGAUCACUCUGAUGGCAACCACAUUUGGACAGAAGGGAGGAAACCACUGGUGGUUUGGUAUUCGCAAAGAUUUCUGUCAGUUUCUGCUUGAAAUCUUCCCAUUUUUGAGAGAAUACGGAAAUAUUUCUUAUGACCUCCAUCAUGAAGAUAAUGAGGAAACUGAGGAAACCCCAGUUCCAGAACCUCCUAAAAUUGCUCCUAUGUUUCGGAAGAAGACCAGGGUGGUUAUCACUCAGAGCCCUGGCAAGGCCCUCAAAGCCAAUGGACUCAAAGGCGCUAUGACCUUCCAUCAGGACACCAGUGUGGGUUGGCUGGGCCCCAGGAGGUGGAGGAGAAGACAGCUGGUGGUUUGCACCCAAUGCUUGGCAUGUUACGUUAAACCCAUAUACGAGGGUCACCUUGCCCAGCUCAAUGGCCAGGAUGUCGGCGAGCUGACAGGUGGACCAGGUAUCCUGACCCUUUCUGAUGUCACUUGAUAGCUGUGUUGUGAUGUUAGCCCCACGCAACCUGAGCCCCUUUGUGACAUCCUGCACUGUACUGUCAUUAAGAGGUGCUGCCAGCCACACUUCAGUCUCUUGUUCUCACGUUCGUCCAUUUGGUGGGACAAUGAGGGGACCUGUAUAGGCAUCUAUGAGAAACUUCCAGAACGAGAUUUUGGAGUGGGACAGCUGGCACAGGGUGUUUGAAACAGACUGUAUGAAGAGUUUCACCCAGCAGCUUAACCUCUGUGGAUUCAGCAAAAGUGCAUAAGGAACUUCACACAUCCCAUCUGCCUUCCGAAAUUUUUCACGGACAGGAGAUCUGUCUACAUCCGGAGC